UAGCAAUAGUCAACUGGGCAAACUUGUCUGGGCUGGUCCCGGUCAGGUUAAAACUGGAACAUUUUUCCGGCUAUCAAAAAGACAGCCAUGGGCACCCCGGGGAGUUCCUCCGUCCCACGGGAGUCGGGCAGCCUAAAGGCAGAAGUUCAGCUACGGGUGACCCCGUUAGAGAUGAAGUUCUGUGACGCGAUGGUGGGGAAAGUGUACCGUCUCCCGAUCACUGUACACAAUCUUGGUCGUUGGAACAAGAAAAUUCGGUUUAUGGAGCCAACCAAGAAACAGUUCAAGUUGAUGUUGACCAAUCUGGAUAAAGAACUCGCUUCUGGUCUGAAGACAACAGCUAUGGUGGAAUAUCAUCCUGAUAAAGAUGAAGAUACUUUUGACCAACUACUUAUUUUAGUGGGAACUAAAACAAUAGUAGUACCUCUAAUGGGGUUGAUUCCAUCCUGUGAAAUGGAAAUUGAGUCAGUAGUUGAUUUUGGCACAUUAGUUUCCAACAGUAAAGUAUAUUCUGAAGUGAUUCGUAUUAGUAACCUUGGCACAGUUCCAGGUAUGUUUAAAGUGGAAUACCAGGGCCAGUUACCUAUCCACAUUUUUCCAAACUAUGGUGUCGUGAAGCCUGAGUCAUUUAUAAUUGUCAAAGUAGAUUUCUGUGCAGACAAAUCCAGACUUGUAAAUGAAGUGGCUAAAGUGAGGUUACAAGGUCGUCCUGAGAUGUACUUGAAUAUUAAAGCUCAUGUGGUUGAUCAGAUUAUUGAAUUGUUAAACACGAGUGAUGAAAGAAAAUUGGAAUGUAUACACUUUGGAUCUGUUUUCUUUGAAACAUCAAAAAUUGAACAUGCAUUUUUAUAUAAUAAUAGCCCACAACCUAUAAAUUGGGUAGCAGUAAUGCUAAAUGACUGUGUUGGAGAAGAGUUGGGUACAAAUAUUCGACAAACAACAGAUUUUGCUUUAAAUAAUCUCACCUACCUAAACAAAAUAAAAACCAUCGAUAUUACCACUGUUUUCUCCUGUGUUCCUAAUGAAGGGAUUUUACUACCUUAUCAAAAGAUUGUAAUUACAUUUUGUUUCAGCCCAAAGCUAAUAGUUGAGAGUAAAAUGAACGUUGACCCUUCACAUAGGCAGGAUUAUGCUGUCUUUUUGAGAUUUGAGACUGUGAGAAGUAGAGAUGGAUUUUCACAAGAUGAUAUCUCUGAAACUGUGAAAAGUGAUCAGUUUCAGAAAGUGGAAUUAGCACUGACUGGCUCAGGACAUCCUGUCUUGUUGCAUCUCAAUCCAGGAACAAUCUUUAAAUUUUCACCUUGUUUCAUGGGUGAACAUUCAGAUGUUGUGUGCACUAUACACAAUCAAUCUGAAUUUCUUCCUGUGACAUACAGUUUUCCUAAAACUGCACAUUUUAAAAUUGAACCUAAUAGGGGAAAGAUCAAUGAAGGCUGCAUACAGACUGUGACAUUCUCAUUUAUUCCACAUCAAGUUGGAGCCUUUAAAGUGAAACAGGCGUUAGAGCUUAUUGGUCCAGUGGCAGAUAAAAAUCUGCAGUCUACAUCAAUGAAACCAUUUUAUCACAUAACUUUAAAUUUCAAAAGCUUAUGUAAGCCUUUCACUAAGAAAGUUGUGAUGAAAGCUAAUCCUGGUAUAUCCCCUUUGGUCAGUAAUCCCACGGGACAGUUUGUGGCUAAAGACUUGACAAAAUAUAAGGAUUUUGCACCUGUAGCAAAGCUGCAAUCAUCAAGGACACACCUUCAUGACUAUCAGUCAAAAAAUGAGUCAAUGAAAGGUGCACUGAUGGCCUUUCCCAAUGAACGAGCUGCAAGUGUCAGGCCAGGAGAACGUUAUGAAGUGUUCAGGACAAUUUUCACAAAGGUUCCAAGGUACACCUAUAUAGACCCUGAUUUUGAAUAUACUGAACUUGAAAAAAUAGAGAAGAGAGUACAUCAAGACUACUACUCAAAUUAUAUCAAAUUUUUAAGACAAAAUCGCCUGCAGAAAGAAGCAGCGAGGAAAUGUGCGCAUUCAAAUAAUGCUAUAGACAUAGCCAUGCUGCCAGCCUCUGGUCUAAAGUCACCCAUACUCUCUCAAGAGGAAAUAAAAGAGGAGUGUUCUUCAACAGAGUGUCCAAUCACAACGAAUCGAUUGAUAUGUACCAGGGAACUGGCAUCCAAGGAGAGAGUGUCCCUGGAUAGAAAGGAUCUCAAAGGACUUAAGUCAAAGCCAGCCACUCCUCAAGAAAAACAUGAUUGCAAUAUAGUUUUGACACCAAAGCAAAUACAUCAAGUAAUUAUUGGUCCAUCUAUUCUUAACUUUGGUAAUAUUUGUGUGAAAUCCACAAAUACUCAUUCACUGCAUAUUAUUAAUAUGCUACCUAUGCAUAUUUGGAUUCAGUUAAAUAUUGACUUUGAAGAACUCCAGAAUACUAAAAUAUUUUCAUAUGUGAUUCCACCUACAUGCAGUACUCAUAUUCCAAUAACAUUAGAAACUUCUAACACUGGAAAAUUUUGGAGAUCUUUCAGCUAUACAAUAAACAACAUACCUGCUGGGCACAUUUUAGUGACAGCACAAGCCCUGCCUGUAAAACUAGAGCUAUCUUCAGAUGAGAUAGAGCUGAGACCACGAGGCUUCUUGUUGAAAACAUGUUUCUGGGGAACAGUUAGGUUGUAUAAUCAUCAGAAUAAGUCCGCCCAAUUUGGAUGGCAACCUGUAAACUCAUUAAAAGGGAUAGCAUUUUCCAUUCGUCCAGCAAAAGGCAUUGUUGAAGCAUAUUCGUCACUGGAAUGUGAAAUAACAUGGCACCCAGGUUUCACUUCUCCAGAAAGAGGCAAAUUUAUUCUUCAUGUCAUUGAUGGAAAUAUAUUAACUCUACAAUGUAUUGCAAAUGUUGGUAAAACUACAGUCACAUUUUUGGAGCCAAGGAUAUUGUUCAAUAAUAGUCCUCAAGGAUUAACAACUUGGAAGAAAGCCAUUCUUCAUAAUGUCGGACAAAACCAUGCAUUUUUCAAGGUUUGUGACCAGAGUCUUUUGUCUACCAUUAAUAUUACUCCAUCACAAGGAAUAAUUCCAUUCGGGGGAAUAACUGUUCUUCACAUCUCCUGUAAACCCUCUGUUGCAGAAAAAUUUGAUACAAAAGCCAAGGUUGCUAUUCGCUGUGCAAAUAUUAUAGACCUUAGAAUUGGUGGAUUUGGUGAAAUGGCUGAUAUUGAAAUUGAGCCGACUGUGUUUCAUUUCAACGGCACCUUUGUUGGCACUACCCAUAUUAUUCCAUUUGUAAUAAAAAACAAAGGUGCAAUACGUGCCACGGUGGAUUUUGACCUUAAAGACUUUCCAGAGUUUUCAAUCAAUUUCAAGGACAAAUCAGGACAUUACACAAAUGCUGAUGCAUCUCAUAUAAAUUUUUUGGAGUUAGAAAAACACUCAUUGCUAGAGUGUGGCAUAGUAUUUGCUCCCAAAGAAGUGCGAGCAUUUGAAUUCAACAUUCAAAUUCAUAUUAAUUCCUUCAGAUCAUCGGAACUCUACACUGAGUAUUUAUCACUGAAUAAGCCUUUGAUGCCAAAGACAGUUCCACUUAUUCAACCUUGUUAUGUUCAAGCUACUGUAUUGAAAGAGCCAUUGAAAUUGUCCAAGACCAAAUUUGUAUUUAAUGUCCCUUUAUGUGACAUGGAACAUAAAAAUAAGGUCACAAAAACAGAGGAUCUUAUAAUACAAAAUAUUUCAGCACAGGAUAUACAGUGGAUUUUUGAUCUUGGGAAUACUGGAACACUUUUUAGAACUGGUAUAUUCAAGUUUAGCACACUGACUGGGAAUUUGGGCCCAUAUGAAAUGUGUACUGUUUCCAUAAGCUUCUGUCCAAGAAAGCCUAUAAAAUACACAGUUGAUGUGCCCGUGUUUUUAAGGAAUUAUCCAGUUUGCUUUAGAAUGUUAUGUCUGAUUGGAGAGAUAAAAUCACCAAAGAUACUGUUUGAUCCACCAUUUAUAUUUUUCACACCUGUUCCAUUGAAUAUAACAACUGCAAUGAAUGUCAAAAUUUUACCCCAAAAUUAUUUCAGGAAUUCAACGGUAAAUUUCCAGAUUCCCACAGCAAAGCUUCUUAAUGAAGAUGAAGAAAUCCAACCACUUUCUGUGAACUUCUUAAAAGACCAAAUCAUCAUAGGCUCUAAGAGUGGAAAUAAUAAUGAGCUCACUUUCCACCUCAGUUUCAAGUCAUCAAAACCUGUGUCAUUUUUCAACAAUCUUUAUUUUUCUGAUGACAGCAAUAACUGGUUUUCACUCCCAGUGACUGCAACAGCAGAAAACUGCAUUCUUACUAUUUAUCCAUAUUUGGCAACUUAUUUCGAUAAGCAAAAUAUUAUCUUAAAAGAUGAUGCAAAUGGAAGUUCUAUGAAGACCCGAGGCAGUUUUUUGCUUCCUAACUUGGCUUCUACAGCACUCACGCCUGCUUCAGUAAAAAUGGCACCUACUGGUACUAAAUUAUACCAUGCACAAUUUAAAAGAGAAAACUUAUUUGUUGGAAUGGAAGAAUUACCCAAACAUUUGAAUGUGGAUGGAAGUAGAAAACCUAAUAAAGCGAAUGAUGGAUCCUUGGAAAAUGAGGAAAAAACUGAACAUUUUUUUUCUCCUAAAGAAGGAUCUAUGGAACAUAACUUCUAUCUGAAAGUUGUAAAUGCAGCUCAGACGUGGUUCAGUCUCUUUGGUUGGCCUGAAGGACCUCAUUUACUUUCCAUUCCAGAGACUAUAAGAAGAGAUGUGCAAAAAAUACAAUUUUACUCAGCCUCAUCACCAAAGAAAUUUUCCAGACAGAAUGAUUUUUCCAAGUACAAUAAAACCAUUUAUGAUGUAUUGCUCCACUUGAGUGGUAUACUGCCACCUGGAAUUAGCUCAAGUCAGUCCUUACCUGUGGAUGACACUGAAAGGGUGAUUCAGCUUCAUUUUCAAUAUUCUUCACUUCUGGAUUUUCUCAAUACUCAAGGAGGAUGUAUUUCCCAUAUAAUGCCAGAAUUUCUACUUGAACCACAUGAUUACAAGAAGUGGCUUGAAAUUUCAUCUUCCACUAAUAUUGCAACUGUGAAUUCAUAUACGCCUAAGGAAAAAUGCCCUUUUAUUAUUGAUAUGAACAAAUUUGAAGACUGGAGUAAACGGGCAUGGACAGAUAUAUUCCUUCAAAUUUACAAGGUUCUGAUUUUAUCGCGGGUUGCACCACAGCUCUCCAGUGCUGUCCCUCCAAUAAAUGUGCAAAAUAACGAAAAGAUCAGCCCUUGUUUUGCAUCGAGCAACAUAUAUUCAGAUUCUGAAAGAAUUCUUCUUAGUUGGUUGAAUACAAAUUAUGAAAAUACUCGACAGAAAAUAUGGGGAAAUUGUCAGAAUGGUGCAAUUCCCUCUGAGAGAUGGAUUGUAAAUUUUGACAAAGACCUUUUAGAUGGCCUUGUUUUAGCAACACAGUUAGCAGCUUACUGUCCAUUUUUGAUUGAGUCUCAUUUUGUGAAUAUGUAUACACAACCCAAACUUCCUGAACAGUAUCUCCACAACUGCUUGAUUAUAAUAAAUAGUUUCUAUGAACUUGGCCUUGACAUGGGUAUACAGGCUGUUGAUAUCUGUGAACCAAAUCCAAUCCUAAUGCUCAUGCUGUGUGUCUACAUGUAUGAAAAGCUUCCUGCAUUCCUCCCAAAGAAGGUGGUGCCAUUUUAUUGUACUCUGUAUGACUCUGUGCAAAGGCAGAUACUACUGAAAAAUCCAAGCUUGAAAAACAUAUUGUAUCAUGCUACAAUUGUUGGGAGAGAUGCUGCUGACUUUUCUCUGGUUCAGAAAGGAAAUGUUAUAACAGUCCCUCCCCAAAAUGAAAUUAUUAUUACUGUGAAAUUUACCAGUCGCUUUCUUCAUCCUGCUGAAGCUUCAUUGCUAUUAAUUUCAAAACCCAAGCGUAGAGUGCAAGGCAUCACAGUGACUUUUGCUCUGAAAGGUGAAGUCCUCAAUAUUAAAGCAAUUGAAAUUUUUAAAUGUGAAACUCCUUGUUAUCAAUGGAAGCAAGUUACUGUGUCUUUGAAAAAUCCCUUCCCAACUGGUGGAAAGUUUAAUGUCAUUUUGGUGGAAUCCACAACAUUUAUCCAUUUGCCAUCACAAGUAACUGGACGCAAGCAACAUUUGCAUGAUGACAAUGAUGCAAGUAGCAGUGCAUGUGAUGCUUCCCAAGGCUGUCACCAUAUUCGAAAUAGCAUAACAACCUCAAUCAAAGCCAGUUUCAUCAGAGAGUUCUUCUGCUCUGUGCACGCUGUUUUCCUGAAAGGGAAUGAAUCUGCAAGCCUAGAGAUCUACUAUCUUCCCUUUGGCGUCCACACACGCUACUGUGCCAUCAUCUUGAGCAACCAAGAGGUUGGAGAAUUAAUAUAUAUUCUUCAAGGAAAUGGUUUGGUUCCUUUGCCCUCCAGUUUCCUUUCAACAGAGCCUUCAAGUCCAAUUGAUUUCAACAGUUCAUUAGAAGAAGAACAUAAUAAGGAUCAUCCAAUUUUGUAUUUGAAAUGCAAACUCUGUCAAACCUUAGAAGUGAGCCUUAAGUUGCCACUGACUAAUGAAGCGAAGGAAAAGGCUUUGGCUUUUGCAGCACAACGGGAAAUGUCCACUAUUGAGUAUGAACGAAGGCUGAUCACAGGCACUCUUGAAAGCAGUAGCAUCCGUGUGGCUGUUGCCCUCCUAGGGUUAACCAAGAUUGAGGCCCUUAUGCUCUUUCAUAUGUCAAAGUUGAAGAAGCCUAAGUUCAUUUUAUUUAGAACAGAACUGAGCCUUCCAGAACAUUUUGUUAUCCCCCCUAAAAUCUACUUGCCUCAGAUUCCAGAAACUCACCCAAAAUUGACUACGUCUGAAGGAAUUAAAUCUUCACAUACAACAGAUGCAGGAUUUAUUUCAAUUCCUUUAAAAUUUUGUCCACUUGGUCCUGGACACUACCCUUGUAAAAUUUUGUUGACAUCAAACUAUGAUGUGCGUGUCUAUUACAUUGAAGGUGUGGUAAAUGAAGACCAACCAGAGGCAACAUUUGAGUUUGAGACACCAGCACUUGAACCUCUUACCCAGAACAUUCCUUUAACUAAUGAAACAAAGAAAGAGUGGAAAUGUCAAGUUAAAAUAGAAGGAAAAUGGUUUUCUGGACCUUCCAUUUUUCAUGUAAGACCAAAUGAAACUGUGCAGUAUCCUCUCACUUUCAAACCUAUUUCAGAGUGUGAAAUAAUGGGUAAACUUACUCUCAAAAAUGAAGUGGAUGGUAUGGAGCAUAUCUUCAACAUAAAAGGGAUUGGAAAAAAACCCCUGGCUUUUGGAACCAUCAUUAUGAAUUGCAAAGUGGGGGAUAUAGCUAAUAAAUCCAUACUAGUGCCUAAUUAUUCAAUGACUAUUGUAACAUUUGAGGUGUCUUCAGACCUUCCAAUAAUAGCGGGGAAUCUACAGAUCACAAUAGAACCAAAUAAUUCAGGUUCAUAUGUCAUAAAUGCAUGCCCUUUGAAACGUGGAAUACUCAAAGGUACAAUUUCAUUUUCCAUUAAAAACAAAAAUGAUGAUGUUUCUCAGGAAGAGAUAUAUCAAGACCAAGAAUUAUUUCAUAAUCCAUUAGUUGUAUCAGAAACUUCUCCCAUUUUUAAGGAAGUCCCAGAUGAAGAACUUAGAAAUUUAAGGAUCUGGUAUUAUCUUGAGAUCCACACCUCUCCUGGACCACCCCAAAAUAUUAUUGAAGUGGAGUGUAUUUCUCUGGAGACCAAUUGCAUUGAAGUACCUAUCUCUAAUCCAAAAGAUGAAAUUAUUCACAUAGAUGUAAUAUUUACAAAUCCUGCCUUGAGUGGAUUCCAAGAACUUACACUGAAUCCAUUAGAAAGUGUUAACUACAUUGCAUGGUAUUCUCCAGCAACUACAGGCUAUAAAGAAGAAAGCAUUAUUUUUCAGCCUGAAAUGAGUGAAGAAUUCUGGUGUUUACUGAAAAUAACUACUAAAUCUCCCAAAACAAAAGAAAUACCAGAAAUACACUGUGACCUUGGAAAAUAUGCCAUUCAGACCAUUCCUUUACAUAAUCCUACUAAUGAAACCUUAGAAUUGCAAGUAAGAAACAAUAAUCCUGGAAAUUUUGUCGUGGAAAUGAAUGAGUCAUCAUCACUGGUUGUACUUCCUCACUGCACCAAAGAGAUAUCAGUUUGCUUUUAUCCUUCUGGGCUUGGAAGAACUGGUCAUGAAACUUGCAUCAACUUCUACUGUACUCAGUUUGAAGAAUGGAAAUUCUACCUCCGUGGAGUGGGACUAUUUCCCCACCCUAUAGACUUAGAAGAAAUGACCACAUGCCUUGAUCUGGAGGCAUCCAUCACCAUACCAUUCAAAAAUCCUACCAAGGAAGAUGUUUCUGUCAAUAUCAUUCUAACAAAUGAAACAAAGCCUACACACCUCUUCAUUGACCAAUGCUGGGAUAGCUUCAUGAAUGAGAAUUCUGCUUUCCGACUUGUUUCUCCAUGGCAUACACAAGGAAUUGUGUUAUCUCCUGAAGGAAAAAUAGACAUCCAGGUGUUAUUUAAACCCCAGUGUAUGACAUUAUGCAAAACAAUGGUCAUCGUUCAAAUCAUGAGAAAAAAUGGAAAAAAUUGGCCUAUUGACAACUUCAAAGAAUUAGAUACAGAGUUUAAAAGAAUUAUGGGAAUAGACAAAGAUGAAAUCCAAGGAAUACACUGGAUGUACCCUAUUGUUGGACUCCCACAGGCACCGCUCCCUAAAAAUGCUCCACCUGUCAUAAAAUGCAAGUCUAGUAAGAGUGUAGAAAUGACAAUGGAAAUCACAUUGAUUGGCGAUUUUUUUAGAAAUAAUCCUACACAAGAAACAACAGAUUUUUUAGUGGUUCCAAAAGGAAGUUCAUGUCAUAAUGUUUAUGAAGAUUACAUUGUAGUUCCUAAAACACGUGUAUUGACGUAUGAAAUUGAAUAUGAAUCUGAAGUUAUGAAGUCUAAAUUGGAAUCCAUUGUAGAUUUACAGUUGAGCACACAAAGUUAUGAUAUCCAAAGUGAAACAAUAUCAUUGGUCUUCAAGAUAGUAUUUACACCAAAGAAACCAUUCAGGUCUGAUAUUUUAUUGAAAAUAGAGAGUGUAAAAGAUGGAAUCUGGAGGUUUCCCUUGAUCUUGAUAGCUACUGCUCCUGAAGUGGAAAAAACCAUUAACAUAAAAGCAGUUGGUUUACAAAAGGAAUCUACUAUGGACUUUAGGCUGACAAGUCAGACAAGAUACACCGAACGAUUCACUGCCUACUUCCUACCUGGAAGCGAUCCAGAGUUUUUUGUAAAACCUGAGACUGGAGAACUUCCUCCAUUUUUUAGUGAAGGAAUACUCAUCUCUGUAGGAUUUAAACCGCAAAUGUACAGUAAGAAACACAAAGCAACAUUAGUAAUACAGACAGAAGAUACGUGCUGCUUGUAUGAAAUCAAUGGGUUACCACCAGAACCCACACCUCUGAUGAACGUAAAACCAAAAAUUAAUACUAGUAACAAAAUGUAUGACAGUAUGCCCAUUCGUCACCGCAAUUUUAUCCGUGAAAAUGCUGAACUCAUAAGGACCGGGGUGUCUUCUACCAUUAAGGGUGCUCCUUUGGUGAUGAAGAGAAAAUAAAAAAAAAAUUUCCAAAUCAUUUCUUGGUUUCAACCAGUAUUGAAUGUUUUCAUAUGACUCAUUAUAACCAAUUAUAAUUGUUGUUUGAUGUUUGAGAUAUUCCUGAGGAUUAAUAAUUUAACAAUAUCAGGUCUUCUAUAUUUUCUUGUAUUUUAAAAUGCUGUUCUAACCAAUCUCUAAACAUGUCACACUUCAUUUCUGAAUUUUAUUUUAUUCAAAUUGAUUUAGGUUCCAAAUAUUGGAAAAAAUUCACUUUUAGAAUGGAGGAGUACAUUUUUAGUAAAACUGACACACGAUUUUAAUGACAAUAAUAUUUCAAGCACCAAACACUAGUCUUGCCAUUAAAACUAAAUUUAUUAUGUAUGUUUUUGUAUUUAUUUGACUUCUAAAAAAUUGUGUGUAUAGUUUUUAAUAUGAUGUUUUCAAACCUAUACAUUGUAGAUUAGCUAAUGAGCGAAUUAAUAUGCACUUUACCUACCUAUCUUGUGCCAGGCACUGUUAAGAUGCAUUUUCUUAGAUAUUUUCAAGUAUGCAACACAUUCCUAUUAACUACUGUCACAAUGCUGUACAAUAGAUGCCUAGAAUUCAUUCCUUCUACCUCAUCGAAAUUUUAUAUUUUACAUCCUUUCACCAGUAUCUCCUCUGUUUUCCCUGUCUUAUGUACCCGGUAAACAGUAUUCUAUUCUCUACUUCUUUUAGUUCAUCUUUUUUUAUAUUAUGCAUAUAAGUAAGAAAAUGUGAUACUUGUCUUUUUGGGCUUGGCAUAUUUCAUUUUACAUAAUAUCCUCAGGUUCUUCAACAUUGUCACAAAUAACAGGAUUUUCUUCUCUUUAAAGGCUGAAUAGUAUUCUAUUAUGUGUGUAUUUCAAAUAUCAGUGCUAUUGUUAGAACUUAAUUUCUAUGUAAAUGUUAUCAUGAGUCUUUGAAAUAUUAAUGAUAAUAUUAACAUGUAUAACAAGAAUUCACCAUUUCUUAUACAUGAUAUUUGGAAUAUUAUGUGCUAUUUAGUAGGUAGUUAAUUUAAAAGUCUAUGCAUUUGUGUACUUAUCACCCAUAUGUUCCUAUAUUGCAGUUUUAAAUAAUAUAGGUAUAGCUCAAAAUGAUCUAGAAGAAAAUUAGAUGCGCUUCUAAUCCCUGAGAAAGUAAUUAAUUGAAGUUAAAAAGAAUAUGUUGUCUGGGACCUAUCUGUGAGGAGAUAUACCAUAAUAAAUAGCUAGUGUGAGCGGCUUUAACACAUUUUGACACAAAAUGGCUGGCUCUGCUAUAUACAAUCUUUUCAUAAGUAAGAGUACGUCAUUUACUCUUUUUCUACCUAGUGUCAUUGUUUGCAAAAUAAAGGAAAUAUAUAAUGACAGGGGUUAGCAAGCUAUGCCCUGUAGGUGAAAUCUAGCUAUUUUUAUACAGCCCAUUACCUAGAAACUAUUUUUACCUUUUUAAAUGUUUAAAAAAUUCAAUAGAGGAAUAUUAUGAAAUAGAACAAAGUUAAAAUUCAAAUUUUACUGUUCAUAAAAGUUUCUUUAAACCCAGAACAAUUACUUGUAUGUCUAUGUCUAUGGUUUUACCCUUUAACAACAAAAUUAAUUGACAGAAAACAUAUAACCGAAAAACUUUUUUAUUCUCUAGCUUUUUUUAGAGAAAGUUUUGGGAAUCAAUGUAUUAAGCCAAGAAUGGCUUUUAGGAAACAUUGUGGAGCUAUUAAUUGUAAUUUUCUCAAGUAGUGCCAGCAGAACACAUUGUGUGUUUAAUUAAUUAAUACUGUUUCUAACCAUUGAGGUAGCAUGGAAUCAGUAUUCAUUGUUUCUUAAAUGGGCAGGAGCUUGGAAAUUUUGUGAAUUUCUGAAAGUCUUUCUGAUUCCAUAGCCCUCUGCUUUGAGUACGGAGUCAUUGAUCACUUACUUGUCUCUUCUUUUCACAGCUAUGCUGUGAAGUGAGAUGUACUAUACUAUGAAGAUAGGGAGAUAGUCAGUCUCUGAGCAUAUUUCUCACAAAGCCUUCAUAAAAUCUGUCAAAUAUAUUCAGAGACUAAAGUGCCCUUUCCUGUGGAUUUAUGGAGAAAUAUUAUUGUUUUAUGUUUUGGUUUUUAAGGUAAUGUAUAAUAUUUCAAUAAUCUUAAACCUUUUAUAUCGAAUGUUCUGAGGACCACAAUUGCUCUGCUAACUGAAAAGCUCCAAUAAUUUAAAUAUUCAUAAUGGACUAUAUUUGGGUUAACUUUUCACAGUCACAGAAUGAAGGGAGAUUGAAAUAUUAGCUGACAUUUCAUGUUAUAAAUAUUUCAAAAUACUUAAAAUUAUUAUGCUGGAUUGUCAUAUUUUAAAUAUUACCCUGUAUGAUUCAUUUUCUGGAAGCAGUGUCUAUAUAUAUGCAAAGUGACAGUGCAAACUAUCAAAGAGAGUGGAAUGGGGCAACUCAAGAAGACAAAACUGAAUUGUGCAUAAAAUUCUAAAACCCAUCAGAGAAUGUACUUUGUUCAAAUAUGUUUUAUAGCCACAAAGAGAAUUCAAGGAGGUGCCAUGUCUAUAUUCCCAUGGCAGCCACUGUACCCUGAUAGACUAAAACCUUUCUAUCACAAGUGCCUGUGACUCUGCCUCUGUAGUAACUCUGGCCAUGUGUGCAUGUGUGCAUGUGUCAUUUGAAAUGGUAAUACUGGGGUAGAAGUGUUACAAAGUUAAAACCCCUGGGACCAGCUCUUUGUGAAUUAUGGAUCAAUAACAAAUGCAACUUAACAGUUUUCCUAUAUACUUAGGAAAGUAUACUAUAUACUAUAUAGAGCCUAUAUACUUAUGCCCCUUAGGUGAGACAACUCUGAAAAGUUUUCUCUGUGUUCUCCCUAAAAUUUCCAGCAGGACUGAGCUUCCAUUUCCUAUAGAGGUAAUGUUAAGGACACAUACUGAGUUAGCUAUUUUCCCUUCUCCAUUCCCUUAUGAUGUCUCUCACAAUCACUUCCCAAGUAAACUAUCUGCACUAAAACUUUUUUCUUAAAAUCUAGUUUGAACAAUACCGACUGUGAUAUUCCUGAAAUUUGGCAUAAAAAAAAUAUAAAUAAAUUUCUCAAAUACAAACCAGUGGCAGGAUGGGUACUAGACCUAUGACUUAUGUAGAUCUGCAGAAGCUUUUAAAUUUCAUUAUAUUGUGUUGCUAAAUCCCAAGGACAUUUGCCUUGAAUCUAAAGAAUCAGCAGUAAUUGAAUCAAGAAAACAGAGGAAUAACAAUAAAAAUUAAAAUAUAUUAAUAUAAACCAUUACAAUCAGUUAAAAGAUUCAACAAAACCAUGACAAUUAGGGUGGAGUGUCGCAUGAUUAGUUUUGGGAGCGUAUCUUGGUACAUCAUGGAGACAUGGCCAUGUGGAUCUAUGACUGAAGCUUGGGCCUUUCUCUCAUACCCUGCCUCUGCUUCCCAUGAACUAUGGUCGGCCACACACUUUUACAAUCUGGCUUGGAGACUGCUGACUGUGGACUGAAUCCUCUUAAAAGCUGAAUCAGUUAGGUAUUAGUUUCAGAGAAAGCUGACUAACACAAAAUCCAAAAAAUAUGGGAGGAGGGUCAUAUAUCUUGAUAGUAUGACAGACUAUCAUUAUUUGAACCAGUGUCGACUUGUCCUUCCUGGAAAUUUCCCAAUGUCAUUUUAAAGUACUAAAUCUCUUUAUUCUUUCUUUAGUUGUACUCAAAAUAGUAAAUGCUCAAUACAUUAUUGUUAAUAUUUGGCAAUAAACAUAUCAAAAAAACCAAUAACAUGCAGGAUUAAUUGUAGAUCAUGAGCCUUUCCUUCAGUAUAGCUCGAUUCUUGAAUUCGAUGAAAUCAAGCCUCCCACAGAUCUACUAAGUGAAAUGCACAAUUUCCAUUUCUCUCUUAAGGUUACAUUUUGUCAAAACUUAGCAAUUCAUUUCUUUAGUUAUAUUCAACCAUUCUUUUCUAAGCUACUGCACCUGCCUUGUUCAGACAUGUUUAGCUUACUGUAGUUUGUCAUCCUCCAGUACUCUUACAGAUUAAUUUUUUUUCAUAUCAGUUAUAUUCACAAGCUUGCUGGUAGUUUCUUAUUUGUUACAGAAUAGGUUAUCUUUCUCAGCUGGAAAUGAAAGCAUUCAACCUUCUGACUCCAUUCAAUUUUCCAUCUUAUUCCUGUCUGGCCUUUGGCUGUGUCAAAAUCAAAACCAGAGCUUAUGUCCUUGUGUACUAGUUAAAUUCUGCACUCUUAGAAAAGUUUUAUUUUCCUUCAUUAUAACUCAUUCAGUUCCUUUUGUAUACUUUUCAUUAUGUAUGUUAUAUUUGAAGCAAAUUUAGCAUGUUCAUCAACAGCCCUGAACAAGUAGCAGAGAAAGUAUUGUAACAUUUCCUUUCUUAAAAUUUCAGGGUUUUUUCUAAUUACCAAACACUUAGGGCAAGAAACAAGAAUGUACAUUUUAAUAUGUGCUCCAGGUGACUCCAGGGUUUACAUGAUAAGACAAAAAUGUUGAUCAAGAGAAGAGGGGAAUGAACAGAAGUCAGAAAAAGAAACAUUGAAAUGGCAGCAAACAGAUAGAUGAUGAGGUGGUAUAUGCCAGGAAGAAACAAGUUAGAAAAACAUCUAGAUACUGGUCCUGAUAUAGAAGAACACCUGUCAGGAUCCCUACACCCAUGGAUCAAACACAGCAAGAAACAGGUCUUGGAGAACACACAGGAAAGCAUAGGAUCAUUACCCCUUGGGAGACAUGGAAAGACUGUAAGGAGUCUGAUGAAAGUGGGGUUUGUUUUCUAUAGUAUUGGCAAUUAAACCCAUAGAACCCAGAAGUAUAUCUCCAGUCUUUUCUAUUUUAUUUUGAAACAAGUAGCACUAAAUUGUCCAAGCUGACCUCAUACUUCUGAUCCUUCUAGUUCAUUCUCCCAAGAAGCUAGGAUUAGAGGUGUGUUCCACCACAACCAGUAUGAGGAAGCUUUUGAGUUCAGAUUUUCUGUAAAUAAGUGAUUAAAAUUUAUUGGCAGGAAGCAAAACUAACAUUCAUUUCAAGUUUAUCUGAAAUAUUUUAAAGAUUUGUUCAUGGCAGCCUUUUUUAGUAUUUUGUCCCUAAAAAUAUCUUCACUUUCACAUAGUGCAGGGGCACAGACCUAUAUCCCAGCACUCCAGAGACUGAGGCAGAGAAGCUAAAACAAUUUUGAGGCUGUCCUGGGCUCCAGACCAACCUGAGACUAUCCUGAAACCCAGUGAGCUCCAGACCAGCCUGAACUACAUAUCUAGAACCUCUCUCAGAACAAAACAAAAAAACCUUCAUUUUGUCCUUUCAAA